AUGUUUCUUUGCUACUUGUUGAUGGCCGACCUCUUCGUGCGCGCCUACGCCAUCUUCAAGUGGCUGUGGGCGUGCGUGGCGCAGACGUUCGACCGCUACACCGCGCCGGCGAUUCAGGUGCCGCUGCCGGAGGUGAAGUUCACGGCGGCGCCGGCAGCGGAACCUCUCCACCCCCGCUCCGCAGGUGAGGGCAAGAUUCAGUGCUACGAUAAGGGCACGAAUGUCCCCAUUGGCACCGUGAAGGCGUUCACGCCGGCGGAGGUGCGCGAAGUGGUGGAGAAGGCCCGUCAAGCGCAGCAGGUCUGGGCCCUCACUCCCUUUUCUACCCGACGCAAACUGCUCUUCGCGCUCAUGGACUACAUCCUCGCCCACCAGGAGUUCAUCUGCCAGACGGCCUGCGUGGAGUGCGGCAAGACAAUGAUGGAUGGCACGUUAGGUGAGAUGCUGACCACGUUCGAGAAGCUGCGCUGGACUGCAGCACACGGUGAGGAGGUGCUGCAAGAGGAGGUCCGUGAUGUCGGUCUCAUGACAAUCCACAAGCGCGCCAGCGUGCGGUACGUGCCCUUCGGCGUCAUUGGGGCCAUCGUCUCGUGGAACUACCCGUUCCACAACAUCUACGGUCCCAUGGUCUCCGCCCUCUUCGCCGGUAACGCCUUCGUCGGGAAGGUGUCGGAGUACUCGUCCUACUACGCCUCCUACUACGAGUCGAUCGUGAAGGACGGCCUGCGCCAGCUUGGCUACUCGCCGGAUCUCGUGUCCUUUCUCACGGGCUUCGCGGAGACGGGCGAGGCUGUCGUGUCGUCGGUAGACAAGCUCACCUUCAUCGGGUCCCCUAACGUUGGGAAGAUCAUCAUGCGCAACGCCGCGGCAACGCUAACACCGGUUGUGCUGGAGCUCGGCGGCAAGGACCCGGCCAUCAUUUGCGAGGAUGCUGACCUGGAGCAGGUGAUCCCUGUCGUGAUGCGCGGCAACUUCCAGAACUGCGGGCAGAACUGCGUCGGCCUCGAGCGCAUUCUUGUGCAGGAGAAGAUCCACGACCAGCUGGUGCUCGAGGUGACUCGCCUGACGCGCGCCCUCACCCAGGGCCCCGCCUCGCAGGGCCAGUACGACCUCGGCGCCAUGACGAUGGGCAAGGCGGCCAUCCCGAAGAUCCAGCAGCUGGUCGACGAUACGGUGAAGGCAGGCGCCACCCUCAUUUGUGGCGGCAAGACGACGAGCGACCAGUUCUACCCCGCCACGAUCCUGACAAACGUGGCGCCAGACAUGCCAAUCGCUCAGGAAGAGGUGUUCGGUCCCGUGAUGGUCAUUAUGAAGUUCAAGACGGAUCAGGACGCCGUGAAGAUGGCUAACGCGUGCGCCUACGGCCUCGGCUCUAGCGUGUUCAGCACCGACAUCCCGCGCGCGCAGGCCAUCGCCGAUCGCAUCCGCACAGGUAUGGUGAACAUCAACGAUUUUGGCAUCAACUAUCUAUGCCAGUCGCUGCCGUUUGGUGGCGUGAAGAUAAGCGGCUUCGACCGCUUCGCUGGUCGCGAGGGCCUGCGAGGCAACUGCAUCGUGCGCGCCUCCACGGCUGACCGCAUCCCUGGCGUAAAGACAACCAUCCCGUCGAUCCUGCAGUACCCCAUCAGCCCGGCCGCCUUCACCUUCAUGGAGAACCUCGCUCAAGUGAUCUACGGCCGCCUGCCGCGCAUGGCCACCUCGGUCACCAAGCUGCUCGUCAUCAAGCCGGGCAACAGCACCGACAAGAAGAAGGCGUGA